CACUGGCGGCGGCAGGCCAUGAGCUGAUGGGAGCCUGGCACAAGGCCAAGCUCUGAAGGGUGCCAGGAAGAUGGCGGAGCUGCAGCGGCUGUGGCUGUGGCUGGCUGCUGUGUUGCUCCUGGGGCCAGCCGGCCAGGCGGCACCGAAGGACGGCGGUCACAGGCCUGAGGCCCCCCAGGAUUCCAGGGGCCACGCCAUCCUGAACCCUCUACACCCAGGGAAGGAGUCUCUGAGACUGCUGCAGGACUACCUGAAGACCACUGGGCAGGUGGAGGGAGACGCUGGAGCUGUGACAAGGCAGCAGGCGCUGUUGCUUCUCUUUGCUCUCCAUGACUACGACCGGAGCGGCCGGCUGGACGGGCUGGAAUUCAUGCGGCUGCUGAAUGCGCUGGCAACCCAACAGGCCCACGGGCAGCCCACGCCUGAUGGGGUGGUGCUCAUGGUGGAUCGCAUCCUGGAGAGUCAAGACCUCAACUGGGACGGACUGUUGGAGCCCUCUGAGCUGCUGCUGCCCCCACGGCAGGGCCAGGCCCGCUUUGCCGCCCCCAAUGAAGAAGACGGAGCGGUGCUGUGGCCUCCUCCCGAAGCAGGGGGACACGAGGCGCCACCCUCAGGUCCCCGUGGCCAAGAAGGCACCACAGAGCCCCCGGCUGCCCCACUGACCGUUCAGGAGCAGGGCGUGAUGGAGGCCCCCUCGCUGAGUCCUCUCCCACAGAAGCAUGGAGGGGGCACCAGCCAGGAAGCACUGCAGGACCCACAGCCACAAGGGGCUGAGACGCCUCCUGCUCCAAGGGACUGAAAGACACCCAUUCAGGAGGAGAGCCAGGACCGGGGGCAGUUUGGGCCGAGGCCAGAGGCCGGGCAGCUGCCUGGAGGCCACGUCCAGAGAGGA